ACUGAAUGUAGCUGCAUUCAUUCAAAUUUUUCUUUCCACUCGUGUUGGUUGACUUUUGCUUAAAAAUGAGUAAAAUUUCUACCAUUGGAUCGAUUCCCACGGUUCACAAUUCUGAACAGAAGAAAUCUAAUCCACUACAGUUUCCUUCGAGAAAUGACGUACCCAUUCUGUAUACCUCUAGAGAUGGCGCAGGUUGUCGGUUCAACUGGAAGGUGCUGAAGAGCUGGAACUCGGCUCUCAAAAUAGGCCAAAUCAUUGCAGCUAUUGUAAUCCUGGUGCUCACCCAAACUCGACGCCGACGUAACUCGGAACCGCUUGACUCCUUGCCGGAGAUUUCCUUCAUUUUUCUGGCCAUCAAUGCGCUUAUGGUAACAGUGGUUUUGCUGGGCGAUUCAAUAAUUACGGUCCAUCCUCUACGUCGGACAUUCAGUCCGGUGCUGCGCAAUAAGGUGGAACUGUGGUUCACCGGAUUGGCGGCGGUGUCCUUCCACACGCUGGCAUACUCCGUACUGAUGAUGGCGUUCAACUACUAUAAUAUCGAGAUCAACCAAGUGGCGGCAGCUUUCGGUUUCGUCAACGCUGGACUGUAUUUUGUGGACUGGUGUAUGAACUUCAAAAAGCGCCGUGUUAUCCGUAGAAUGCUGGAUAGAGGUGAGAUCAGUGAAGACGAGCAAGAACCAUUAUUCAAUUAGUGGUGCGGAAUAAUUAUUCUAAAUAACGCUAAAUAAAAAAAUACAUUUAUAAUCAAAUCGUUGCGAUAAACAUAAGAAAAUAAUGUCAAUCGAAAGAAUUUCCACCCAAGAUUUUGGUUCAUGUAAAUUAAAAACCACUAAAUUAUG